AUGGAGUUGGACAACAGCUCUCUGGACUACUUCCUGCUUAACUCCUCUGAGGUCCCAGGGGCGAGCGCCGUGCAGCCCUGGAGCGAGGCCACUCUGCUGGGCUUUCAGAUCUCGCUGUCUGCCGUGCUCGCGCUCGUCACCCUGGCGACGGUUCUCUCCAAUGCUUUUGUCAUUGCCACUAUUUUCCUGACCAGAAAACUCCACACCCCUGCCAACUUCCUAAUAGGCUCCCUGGCUGUGACAGACUUACUGGUGUCUAUUCUGGUUAUGCCCAUUAGCAUCGUCUACACUGUGAGUAAGACCUGGUCCUUUGGGCAGAUAGUGUGUGACAUCUGGCUGUCAUCUGAUAUCACUUUCUGCACGGCGUCCAUCUUACAUUUGUGUGUGAUCGCCUUGGACCGAUACUGGGCCAUCACAGAUGCUCUGGAGUACUCCAAACGCCGCACCAUGCGCCGAGCUGCCAUCAUGGUCGGGGUGGUGUGGGUUAUCUCCAUCUCCAUUUCAAUGCCUCCUCUUUUCUGGAGACAGGCCAAGGCUCACGAGGAGCUGACAGAGUGCGUGGUUAACACGGAUCAGAUCUCUUACACGCUAUACUCAACCUUUGGGGCCUUCUAUGUGCCCACAGUGCUCCUUAUUAUCCUGUAUGGUAGGAUCUACGUGGCUGCACGCUCACGGAUCUUUAAGACGCCUACGGCAAGUGGAAAGCGCUUCACCACAGCCCAGCUGAUCGAGACCUCUGCAGGCUCAUCUCUGUGCUCGCUCAACUCCGAGGCCCAGCUCCACAGCACCGGAGGAGGCAGCUCUCCGCUCUUCGUCAACAGUGUCAAAGUGAAACUGGCCGACAGUGUGGUGGAGAGGAAGCGUCUGUGUGCUGCGCGAGAGAGGAAAGCCACCAAGACCCUAGGCAUCAUCCUGGGAGCCUUCAUUGUGUGCUGGCUGCCCUUCUUCGUGGGCACGCUGGUAAUGGCCAUCUGUAAGGACUGCUGGUUUGACAACGUGCUGUUUGAUGUCUUCACUUGGCUGGGCUACCUCAACUCUCUCAUUAACCCUGUAAUUUACACGGUCUUCAACGAUGAAUUCAAGCAGGCUUUCCAAAAACUUGUCAAACUCAGAAGAUUCUGA